GCUCCUCCUUCUGUUUGCAUCCUUUAAAUUUGACGUCAAACCUUAAAUCAAGAAAAAGAAAUUGAUUUGACAUUUGGAAGUUUCAAACUGAUUAGUUUGUUUACAGAUUUAAUUAUUCAUCUAACCAAGACUGAAAUAAUUAUAAUCGGUCCGGGUUGCAGGUUUUUACAUGUUGGAUAUUAAUUCAUAUUUUUUUUCUUUACUGUCUAAUGGAGCGUAUGAGGAUAGCUUUACAUUAAAACUUAUCAAAGAUUACAGGCCGUAGGUUCCAUGUAGGUGCUUUCUGUGUCAGCAAUUUAAAUAAAAACCAACAUUAAUUGACUUGGAAUUGAUGAAUUGUAUAUAUGUUGGAUGGAUAUUGGGAAAUUUCAAGAACUAACCAGUAAAUGGAUUUCCAUUGUCUGAAACUGUAGUAUAUUUCCUUUUGUGUCAAGUAAAAUGAAAUAUGUAAAGACUGUGGGAAUUUGUGUUGUUGAACUUAGCAACAAGUGCGCGAACAAAUGUUGAUAUGAAAUAACAUUUCUGAAGGACAAAAUGUACAUGAUAACUGUAAACCAACACAUUCAUCAAUUUCGUUUGAAUCAGUAACAAAAAGAGCGAUGAGCAAUUCAGAUUCUUUAGUGUUUUCCGUUCCGGUUACCGCUAUUAUUGGAAGUUUGAUUGCGAUAUGUAUCAUACUUACAAUUUUUGGUAAUUUUAUUGUUUUAUUGGCUUUCAUUAAAGUAAAGAAUCUACGAACCUUCAGUGAUUAUUUGAUCCUAAACUUAGCAAUAUCUGACUUGAUCAUAGGAGCUAUAUGUAUUCCUUUUUACGCACCGUACGUGUUGACUGGUAGGUGGUCUUUGGGACAUGGAAUGUGCCUCAUUUGGCUUGUGAUUGAUUAUAUUACACCGGCGGCUUCGGCUAUAAAUAUAUUCAUCAUAAGUUUGGACCGUUAUAUACAAGUUGCAUAUCCGCUUUGGGCAAGGAAUAAUCAAACCACGACUUUACUAGUUAUAUUUAUUCUUAUCCCAUGGGUUAUACCCACGUUGUACUUUGUUCCAGCCAUUUGCCUCUGGGAGGUGACAAAAGGGCGCGUUAUACCGGAUGGAGAAUGUUUUUUGCCAUACAACAAUAAUGUGACCGUCCUUUCGAUUGGUGCAUGCAUCGAAUUUGUAUUUCCAUUUGUUACAGUUUCUACCUUCAAUUUGCUUGUAUACUUGAGUAUUCGACGAAGAAGUAAGAAAUUUUGGCCAUCAAUACAAAAUUCUCGACAAAUAUCGACGCCACGUCCAGCACCAUCUUCCUCUGAGACGGGACCAUCUAGAAUUGUAUUGGAUGAACAGGAAAUGAUUGUAACUACCGGUAAGUCUGACAAUAACCACCAGAAAAUUGCCUUACAACGUGACAGAAAGGCGGCUAGAUCUCUCUUUAUUUUUGUGUUUAUGUUUGCAAUCUGUUGGAUGCCAUACGAGGUUCUAGCUACAACAAGUACCAUCUGUGGAAGGGAUUGUAUUAACUCUAAAUUGUUCGAGUUUACUUUUUGGAUUCUCUGGUUGAAUUCGACUAUUAAUCCAAUUUUGUAUCCACUUCUUCAUUCGAGAUAUCGCAUCGCAUUUUAUAAAAUACUUGCAGUGAAACAAAAUACAGUUGGUCCGAUGAUACAGUCUAUUAAUUCCUGAAUGUAUCCUCCUUUUUCAGUGUCACAUUACAUAUUAACAUUUAGAAGCUGUACAAGUGUUAUUAAUAGUAUAACUAUGCUAUUUGUGUGAUAUGUUACUUAUAAUAAAUGCUGCCAAUUAAGUGCACUGAUGUUGAAUUUCGAAUACGGCUAAGUUAUACGUCCAUUGAUUACAAGAGGUAAUGGUAAUAUAGCGUCAGUAAAUAUAGUGAUGUUGUACUCCACAGAACAGCUUACUCAAUGGCACAAAAAUAUAACUCAAUGGUAGAAAACUUUAGUCAACUAUUUCCGCGAUCAAAACAUUUUCCGGUGUAAUAGUUGUCUUUAAUAUCUGUUUUUGCCAUGACUGUACCGCUAUCUUUCUUGUUUGUAUUAAAAAAAACAAUAUAUAUAUAUAGACUUCAUAUGGCUUUACAAGACAUAUUUAUUAGAGUUAGAAAAGAAAUCAAUCUAAUCAUUUUGAUGAAUUCUACCAAGCGAUCUUUUUCCAGCUUUAUAGUUUUACGUAGGUUUUUAUAUUGAAUAGCAGCUGGUAUUAUUUUUGUUAACUUAUAAUUAGUGUAUAAAAAGAAUUAAUCCCUUUUAAGGAAAUUUCCUUGACUUUUUAUUUUAUAUCAAAUUAUCAUAUACUGAGUUAUGUAUAAUAAUAAUAAACUAUAAGUGUGGCUUCUGG